UUAUCUUACACUGUGCCUGUUUUGUAGGUGUUGGUGGGGUUAAAAGAUCUGAGGCACAGCUGAAUAUUACAAAGAGUGAAAAUUGAAGGAUGGCAGCAAAUCCUUCAGGACAAGGUUUCCAGAAUAAAAAUAGGGUUGCAAUCCUGGCAGAACUAGACAAGGAGAAGAGAAAGUUACUUAUGCAAAACCAGUCUUCCACAAAUCACCCUGGAGCCAGCAUUGCACUUGCAAGGUCGCCGCUGAACAAGGAUUUCCGUGAUCAUGCUGAGCAACAGCACAUUGCAGCACAGCAGAAGGCUGCACUGCAGCACGCACAUGCACAUUCCUCAGGAUACUUCAUAACUCAAGACUCUGCAUUUGGAAAUCUUAUUCUUCCUGUCUUGCCUCGACUUGAGGCAGAAUGAGAGAUGUUUGUCAGAGCUGCAAGGACUGAUUCUUGGUCCAUGGCAGGAACUGCCUGGCCUUUUAAUUUCUUUACUUCCCCUAAACCCUAUUUUAUUUCCAGAUAUUUUUAUGCUUGCUAUUUUGGGAGUGUGGACUCUAAAUGAUGAAGAAGCAAUGCUGCUGAAGAUCAGUUUUUAUCCCCUAUUUCUGUUCCCCUUCAGGUCAAAGUCAGACAUAGGAAUUCUUGGUGUGUGAGGUACAUAGUGUUUGCUCUUCCCCAUUUCUGUGCUUCCUUCAAAACAAUAAAUGUCCACAUGAGAUUCAUCAAGAGGUGCACACUCUGUCAGCAUUUGUGUUUACCUUUAUUGUGUACAGGUGCUUACUGGACUGUAAUGAAAGACAAAAGUUGACUUUUGUUCAUCAAAACAUGGAUGAAUUUAUCAAACCCUCCAGUCAGACUUCCCCCUCCCCAAUGCAUGCAGGCACAUUGCUGGUGUUGCAGCAUCCUCUCUCUCAAGUCCUCACAUACAGCAUGCCUGCUUUUGUGAAACAUGACAAUGAAUUGAAGUGGGGAAAAAAACCAAUUGUUUCAAGCAGAUUAAGAGACAGAUGAAGUUUUGUAAGUUCUGUUGAUAUUUCAGAUGGAAAAUGUUGUCUGCAAGGACAAUUCAGUUUAAAAGGUCAUGGUUUCUAGUUAAGUCUUUUUCAGUAUUUAAUGUGUUUCAUUUUUGUUUGCCUUUUUUCCCUUGCUCUCUUUAUUUGUGGUAACUCGUUCCAGCACCAUGCUAAAAGAAAAUCUGUUGAUUUUAAGGAUUGUUGUCAUGCUACCAGGAUAAUGUGACUUAGAGUGAAAAAUAGUCCUUACAUAGAUGUUCUUACAUCU